AUGGCUAUCAACGUCGGGAAGACGGCCGCUCUGCUUGUCGGAGCCAGAAGUCCCAUGCGUCAACUCACCCUCCGAGGCCAGGACGUAGAGUGGCAGACCUCAGUUUGCUACUUGGGGUGUCACAUCGACCGGUCGCUGCAAAUGGUUCCCACCGUUAAUCGGGCUGUGAACCAUGCUGCGGCGGCCCGAAUAAAACGGAGGAUCUACGGUGCCUACGUCCGCUCGCGUUUGACGUAUGCGGCCCCCGCCUGGUUCGCCCUAUGCUUGGCGAGCCAGAGACAGAGGAUACAGAUCCAGCAGAACCGAUGCCUGCGUCUCAUAGUUGGAGCUCCGAGGUACGUCGGGAAUGACGUCAUUCACAAAGACACCAGGACGCCCACCGUGGAGGAGUUCGUCCACCAUGUCGCACGCAUGUUCGCAAGAGCGGACAACAGUGCGUGCAGACACCUCCACGGUAUUGCCCCAUUACACGCAAGACCACCUGACGGGCGUCCUCAACCUCGUGAGCUCCUGCUAUCGCCGACCACCUGCCCCGACGCAGGCUUCGACGAAGACGGUUUGGGGCAACAAUAG